AUGGGGAUCUCCACAGUCAUCCUUGAAAUAUGUCUUCUAUUGGGUCCAGUUCUAUCUACAGAUUCGUGGACCCCAUCAACUGCAACCACUCUGGGUCCUGUUUACAACCCCACCGGUUCAGGCUCCAAUUAUUCCUGUGGAGGUGUCCUGUCCCAAUCUUCAGGGAGAAUUUCCAGCCCAUUGUACCCUGGGAUGUAUCCGAACAACGCCAAGUGCGUGUGGGACAUUGAAGUUCCAAACAACUACCGCGUGACUGUGGUCUUCACAGAUGUCCAGCUUGAAGGUGGCUGUAACUACGAUUAUAUCGAAGUGUUCGACGGCCCCUACAACGGAUCCCGUCUGCUCAGCCAAGUCUGUGAUGGGUCAAGUGGCUCCUUCACCUCGUCAUCCAACUCUUUGUCCAUUCGCUUUGUUAGUGAUGGCAGCAUGGCGAAGAGAGGGUUCGAGGCUGAAUACUACUCCAGUCUUUACAUUGGGAUGACAAAGCUGCUUUGCCGGCAGGAUCACAUGCAAGCCAGCGUGAGCACGGGCUACCUCCAAUCCCUGGGCCACUCUGCCAGGGACCUUGUCAUUCCCAGCUCGAACGGGAGCUACCAGUGUCAGCCCCAGAUCACAUCAAGCCACGUGACCUUCACAAUUCCUUACUCCGGCUGUGGCACCAUCGAGCAGGUGGAUAAUGACACCAUCAUCUACUCCAACUUCCUCAAAGCAGCUGUUUCAACUGGCAUCAUCAAGAGGAAGAAGGACGUCCACAUUCAUGUCAGCUGCAAAAUGCUCCAGGAAACCUGGGUUAACGUGAUGUACAUUGCUAAAGACUCCCUCGAGGUCAAGAACAUAAAAUACGGCAAUUUUGACAUGAACAUUUCCUUUUUUACCUCCUCUUCAUUCUUGCACCCCGUGACCAGCAGCCCAUACUACGUGGACCUGAACCAGGAUUUGUACCUUCAGGCUGAAAUCCUCCAUCCUAACACCUCCCUGGCCUUAUUUGUGGACACGUGUGUGGCUUCACCGAAUCCCAGUGACUUUACAUCUUUGACUUAUGAUCUCAUCCGGGGAGGGUGUGUGAAGGACGAAACCUACCAGUCCUAUGACCAGCCCUCACCCCACAUGGUCCGCUUCAAGUUCAGUUCCUUCCACUUCCUGAGUCUCCCCUCCGUGUACCUGUACUGCAAGAUGGUCGUGUGCAGGGUGAACAAUGCCUCCUCCCGCUGCCGCAGAGGCUGUGUUGUGAGGGCCAAGAGGGAAGUGGGCUCCUACCAGGGGAAGAUGAAUUUCGUCCUGGGACGCAUGCAGCUGUAGGUCCCGCUUAGUGAGGAUAGGAGCCUAGACCGGGCGGUGGUUGACGUGCAGGAAGAGGCCAUCCCCCAGGGGAGCUACCACAGUACCACCAUCCUUGCUGGGGUCUUCCUGGUCGUGGUCUUGGCCGUAGCAGCCUUCACACUGUGGGGGGGCACCCGUGCUGCCCACGGCCAGCCUCCGAGCACUAGGAUGUGAAGCAGGAGAACACAUGCGGUGCUCAGAGAUAGGCCCCCUGCUCUGGAGCCCAAGUGAGGGAGGAAGAAACCAGUGUCCACAGCGUGGCGCCCAGGGCACCCAACUUGAUUUAAGUCUGGCCCAGGUGCACGGCGGGGGGUGGGUGGAGGUGUAGGUGAGAAAGAUGGGAGCAGCCUUCCCCAGAAACACAGGCUGGGCACUGGGACAAAAUGUCAGGCUCCAGGUGCCAGAACCCAAAAUCCCGCGUGCAGCUGAGAGCCACACACGGGGAGCAGCAGUGCUUUUUCCAGCUGGAGUUUCUUUUCUGACCUUUUAUGAACCAGCUUCUUAGGCCUGUAGUGUAUAUCUUAGC